CCAUCUAAAAACAUGCUGCCACAGAUAGCCUUUCUGCUGUCAAUGUCUUUGACUUCAGUUCAUGGAAUGUUUCAUGCUGAGCGAUACCAAACUCCCACAGGCAUAAAGGGCCCACUUCCCAACACGAGGACACAGUACUUCAUCCCGUACUCCAUAAGGAGUAAAGGACUUCAAGUAAGAGGAGAGCAAGGCAUUCCUGGUCCACCAGGCCCAGCUGGACCUCGAGGACACCCAGGUCCCUCAGGACCUCCAGGAAAGCCAGGCUAUGGAAAUCCUGGACUCCAAGGAGAGCCAGGCUUGCCAGGACCACCAGGAAUAUCAGCCACUGGGAAGCCAGGCCUGCCAGGCCUGCCAGGCAAACCAGGGGAGAGAGGACCAUAUGGACACAAAGGAGAUAUUGGCCCAGCUGGCUUACCAGGACCUCGGGGCCCUCCAGGGCCACCUGGAAUCCCUGGCCCAGCUGGAAUUUCUGUGUCAGGAAAACCUGGACAGCAGGGACCAACAGGUGCCCCAGGACCUAGGGGCUUUCCUGGAGAAAAGGGGGGCCCCGGAGCCCCUGGUAUGAAUGGAAAGAAAGGAGAAACAGGAUAUGGUGCUCCUGGCCAUCCAGGUGAGAGGGGCCUUCCAGGUCCUCAGGGUCCCGUAGGACCCCCUGGCCCUCCUGGAGUGGGAAGAAGAGGUGAAAAUGGCUUCCCAGGACAGCCGGGAAUCAAAGGUGACCGGGGUUUCCCGGGAGAAAGGGGACCAUUAGGGCCACCAGGUCCCCAAGGUCCUCCUGGGAAACAAGGGCGUGAAGGUAUUGGGAAGCCAGGGGCCCGGGGAGCCCCGGGUCAGCCAGGUAUCCCAGGGGAAAAAGGCCACCCAGGGGCUCCAGGAUUAGCUGGGCCUCCAGGAGCUCCUGGCUUUGGAAAACAAGGCUUGCCAGGCUUGAGGGGACAAAGAGGGCCUGCUGGCCUUCCUGGGGCCCCAGGUGCCAAAGGGGAACAAGGGACAGCAGGCCAUCCUGGAGAUCCAGGUGUGACUGGAUCCCCUGGGAAUAUGGGACCCCAAGGUCCUAAGGGAAUCCCAGGGAACCAUGGUAUGCCAGGCGCUAAGGGUGAGGCAGGUCCAGUUGGGCCUGCUGGGCCACCUGGGGCUAGAGGGGUAAGGGGCCCCCCUGGGUUAGAUGGAAAAAUAGGGUAUCCUGGGGAGCCAGGUCUCGAUGGUCCUAAAGGUAACCCAGGGUUACCAGGACCAAAGGGUGACCCUGGAGUGGGAGGAGCCCCUGGUCUUCAAGGUCCUGUUGGCCCUGCAGGAGCAAAGGGAGUGCGUGGACAGAGUGGCGAGGCGGGUCCAAGAGGUGAGCCUGGAAUACCGGGUACCAGGGGCCCCAUUGGGCCGCCAGGUAUCCCAGGAUUCCCUGGCUCUAAGGGUGAUCCUGGAAAUCCAGGUCCUCCUGGCCCAGUUGGCAUGGCAACUAAGGGCCUCAGUGGGCCCACCGGUCCUCCGGGUCCUCCUGGUCCGAGAGGCCACAGUGGAGAACCUGGUCGCCCAGGGCCCCCAGGACCCCCAGGACCCCCCGGCCAAGCAGUCAUGCCUGAUAGUUUCAUAAAGGCAGGCCAGAGGCCCAGGCUUCCUGGGAUGCCUCUUGUCAGUGCUAACCGUGGAGCAUCAGGAACGUUGGUGUCUGCUUUUACCGUCAUUCUCUCCAAAGCUUACCCAGCAGUAGGCGCCCCCAUCCCAUUUGACGAGAUUCUGUAUAACAGACAGCAGCAUUAUGACCCAAGAUCUGGGAUCUUUACCUGUAAGAUCCCAGGCAUAUACUAUUUCUCCUACCACGUGCACGUGAAAGGGACUCACGUUUGGGUAGGCCUGUAUAAGAACGGCACGCCCACGAUGUACACGUACGAUGAGUACAGCAAAGGCUACCUGGAUCAGGCUUCAGGGAGCGCCAUCCUAGAGCUCACAGAAAACGACCAGGUGUGGCUCCAGCUGCCCAACGCAGAGUCAAACGGCCUCUACUCCUCUGAGUAUGUCCACUCGUCCUUCUCGGGGUUCCUGGUGGCGCCCAUGUAAGCACUUCCCGCCAAGCUCAUCUAAAUCCCUCGCUUGGAAAGGCUUCCCCCCAGUUCCAUCGCGCCCGCCCUGGAGAUGCGGAUGGAGGUAGGCUAAAAGUAAUGUGAACAACUUUAACUUUCUAAGAUGCACUCCGAGGCCAAGUUUCCUCCUGUAAAAGUGAGCAGCCACGGUGACCGUGUGAGGACUCUCCUCAACACUCAGGAAUCCUAAAGCCCUGGGGAGA